AUGAUUAGGCGUCAAAUUAAUCGAAAUCAGAAUAACAACACGAAAUCAGAAUACUUGUUUUCUUCCAAUACCAGCCAGAUGGUCCGUAGGUGGCGUGGUACCUUAACUCAACCUUUCGCCGUAAAGUUGUUUAAAGGCAUCUGGAAUGCUCAUCCGCGAUUUGCUACUAGGACUGUAAUGGUGAAGAACAAUGAUGUGGACUCCGCUUUUAGUCUUCUAAAUAGGUUACUGGAUGCUGAAGGAUUGUUGAAGAUCGUCCGUCGAACGCAGUUCUACCAAAAGCCAUACAUGCAACGCAAACAACUUUCUAUUGAAGCAUCAACAGCCAUAUUUAAUGAGGACAUGAAUAGAAAAAUGCACUUUCUAAUGAGAAAGAAUCGUCCUGAUGCGUAUCCUGGUCAAAUCACAACCUAA